UUUCUUUCCAAUAGUUUUAAGUCAGGUACAUUUUUCACCCACGUGACAAUCCCCCCACUUCCACCUCCGACCGUUUUUUUUUAAUUCGUCAAUUCCGCGUUUAAAACGCGUCGAGUUUGGCUUGAGGCCUACAUUUUCCCUCCCCGAGUUACGAAACCGUAAAUUGCGCCUAUUUAAACACUAAAUGCCGAGAACUUGGUAAGAUAUUUGUUUUUACCAUCCAUUUUUUUACAUAUAACUCGCUACCAGUCAUUAUAUGGCCAAAAUAUGGCGUGAAUGUAUGGUUUUAAUUGAGAAGCGACACAAAAGAGCCUAGGAGCCGGUCGUCCUCUUGACGCGUUUCUACUCUUGGGCGCCGUCAGCUGCUGUACUCGGAGUCAUGUUUAUGUUUACCUCGCUGCUCUCUCCUCCGACUCCGAGUCACCUGCUCACUCACAGCCGGCCUCAGUGGAGACUGUCGCCGCCGGCCAGCCAGCGUCGCGGGGGGCGGGAGUCUGCCUGUGGCGAUUAGCACGGCUGGUCUGCGUCAGCACGGCGCACACUGACUCAGUCGCGGCUUAUCGAGCAUCCUCAGGCGGGCAGACAUGAGCGGGAGGCUGGGGGACCUCAGCCCCAAACAGGCGGACGCUCUCCACCAGUUCCGGGAGAGGAUUCAGGACGUUCUUUGUCAACUUCCUGCCCAGCACGACCACUUCCUGCUGCGAUGGCUGCGAGCCAGAAACUUCAGCGUGCAGAAGUCCGAGGCCAUGCUGCGAAAGCACUUGGAGUUCAGGAAACAAAUGAAAGUGGACACCAUCAUCAGCGACUGGCGCCCCCCUGAGGUGAUCGAGAAGUAUCUCUCCGGAGGAAUGUGCGGCUACGACCGCGAGGGCAGCCCCAUCUGGUACGACGUCAUCGGGCCCGUGGACCCCAAAGGCCUCUUCCUGUCCGCCUCCAAGCAGGACUUCAUCAGGUCCAAGAUCCGAGACUGCGAGAUGCUGCACGGGGAGUGCGCGGUCCAGUCGGAGAAGCUGGGGAAGAACGUGGAGUCCAUCACCAUGAUCUACGACGUGGAGGGCCUGGGCUUGAAGCACUUGUGGAAACCUGCUAUUGAAACAUAUGGAGAGAUCCUGCAGAUGUUUGAGGACAACUACCCAGAAGGCCUCAAGAAGUUGUUUGUCAUCAAAGCACCCAAACUCUUCCCAGUUGCCUUCAACCUGGUCAAACACUUCCUGAGUGAGAACACGCGACACAAGAUCUACAUCCUGGGUGGUGACUGGCAGGAGGUGCUGCUGAGGCACAUCCACGAGGACCAGCUGCCCGCCAUUUACGGCGGCAAAAUGACGGAUCCCGACGGAGACCCGCGCUGUCGGACCAGGAUACACCACGUGGGCCCGGUGCCCCCCUCCUACUACGUCCGCGAUCACGUCUCCGUGGACUACGAUCGCUGUUUGACCGUCAGCCGGGGGUCCACGCAACAGCUGGACUACGAGAUCCUCUUCCCGGGAUGUGUCCUCAGGUGGCAGUUCUCCAGCGAGGGCGCAGACAUCGGGUUCGGUGUGUUCCUGAAGGGGCAGAAGGGCGAGUGGAAGAAGGCGUCCCAGAUGGAGGAAGUGUUGGCCAGCCAGCGCUACAACGCCCACCUGGUGCCAGAAGACGGCUCGCUGACCUGCGAGCGGGCGGGCGUGUAUGUGCUGCGCUUCGACAACACCUACAGCAUCUUCCAGGCCAAGAGGAUCAGUUUCAGCGUGGAGGUCCUGCUGCCGGACCGCCUGAAGGCCCAACUGGACCACGGGGGGGCCCCGAGUCCCAAGUGAACUGCCAGCAUUAAAAGUGCAAACAUCUCAAUGUGUUGUUGACAGGAGGACACGCCCACUCAGGUGACCAAGUGGAGGUAACUGUUGUGAUGAGUGUGAUGUCACAGCUGGCCAAGUGUGCUAGAAGAAGGAACCAAUUAAAAUGUCGUGUCAAA